GCUAUUUCUCCGGAGUGUGAACGCGGCAGUCCGUUAAGCUAAUGUUAGCGCUUCCUGCAGGGCUAUGAGUUGAGCGAGACUGAGUGCUGGGAAUGCAGCCACCGCUCCCACCUGAGGCCGUCCGAGAGCUGGUGUGCUCCUGUCUGCACAGAGACCCGGUAGCAGCAGACCUCCGCUGCAGCCUGUUUGUUGCUUCUGCACAGAACUACAAGAGGGACUCUUUGCUCCGACCCUUCCCCCCGAGAUACAUAAGUGGUGACAAUAAGAACUUUGAGGAGCUGUUGGCCGAUGUGCAGUCUUUGCCUGGUGUGAGGGAGCUAGUGAGACUACGACCCCGAGAUGGAGAUCAUCAUCUGGCUCUCACACACUGGAUUCUCUCGUCGAAGAGCUUUGCUGUUAAGACCCUACAGAAAGAUGAGUAUGCCAAACUUUGUAACCUGACGGAAAAUGAUUGGCUUUCUGCGCCGGUGCCUGACUUCCUGUUUGAGUUGGACUACUGUGAUCAGAUGAACGCCAGGUUUGAGAAGAUGAGAGAAGGUAGAGACGUCUUCUAUGCGUUCCACGGGAGCCGCCUGGAAAACUUUCACUCUAUCAUUCACAACGGGCUGCACUGCCACCUCAACAAGAACUCUGUGUUUGGAGAGGGGACCUACCUCACCAGUGACCUCAGCAUGGCGGUCCUCUACAGUCCCCACAGCAGCGGAUGGCGAGAGAGUCUUCUGGGUCCGCUGCUCAGCUGCAUUGCCAUGUGUGAAGUCAUCGAUCACCCGGAUGUUAAGUGCCAGGUGAAGAAGAAAGAUUCUGAGAUUAUCGACCGUCGGCGCUCGAGAGCAAAGAACAGCGAAGGAGGGGACGUACCGCAGAAGUACUUUGUGGUCACCAACAAUCAGCUUCUGCGAGUCAAGUACCUGCUUGUGUACUCUCAGAGGAAGCACCUGUCUAGACGUUCCCACGGUACCUCCUGGCUCCUCAGACACCAUUUUGCCAUCAUGAUGAGUCUCUACUUUCUGCUGCUCAUAUUUAUCGGUGCCGUCAACUCCACCACCUUCGUAUCCUUUUGGAACCGACUGUUGAGGUGACAAUACUUGACGGUUUAUUAUCCACAGUGCCUUCCUGAUCAGAGACUGACUGGAGGCCGGAACAAAGAUAAUGUCUGAUGCACCUCUUGUACUGACCUCUCUCUACAAUCAUUCUUACAUCUGCAAAUAACCACACUUGCUUUUAUUCCAAUACAACAUAUGUUUUCAAAGAGCAAAUAUUGGGAUCAUGCUGUGUAUUCAUUUAUUUUAAAUGGAUAAUGAGCCUAUUUUGCAUUAUAAAAAUGUUAUGCAAUGUGUCACCUGUAAUCAGUUUGGUUUAUUAAACAUUUUGUUUUUUAGAUGAGAUCUGUAUGUCUUAGUUCUAAAGAUUUAAAAGAAAAAAAUACAUAAUUUUGUUUAAAUAACAUUAAGCGUUAAGUUCUCUUUUUGGCUCGUCAUGUAUUCAAGGUGCAGUGUGCAAGAUAUGGCGCCAUCUGGUGUUUAUAAAAAUGUGAACAGCUUCCAAUGUUUGUCCUUUUAUGGGCUACAAUAAACACGUGGCGGCUCGAUGAGGAUGACCGACUCCCUAUGUAAAUAAUAUAAACGUCUCAUACUGAGGUCACGUAAACACAAAACAGUUUAUAUUUACAGGUAAAUUAUCCACUAAAGAAAACACACUUGAUACUAUUAUAUUCCAUUUCUGCCAAUAUAUCUUCCUAAAUGCUGCACACUUAUCCUUAAGUACUGAUAAUUAUUAGCACAUAACUGAUCACAAUGACUCAUUAGUGUCAGUGAUGCCUGGCAGUCAGCUGAUCUGGCACUAAUGUCAAUGUUCUUACUUUAUAAUGAUGUCAUUGUGCAUCACUCAGUUAUGGGUAGGGACCUUUUUUACAAACUCAUGAUUUUAGUGUAAUCUGAUGGGCUUAAAUAAAGGAAAAUAUAUAAGGGUAAUUUGUUUUGUGCUGACAUACUGUAUUUAUAAUGAUGGAUCAUAGAAAGGCCACUGAUAAGCUCACUCAUAAUGAUUUAGGAUAUGCUUUUAUAUCCUUAUAUUAGUAGAUGGAAUAAAAUGUGUCUGGUAGAAAACGGUUCUGAACAUUUGUUACAAUCUUGUACACUAAUAAAGCAAUACCUUUUGAUUUACUUUA